GUUUUUCAAACACUGCACAAUUCACAGUGAGUGAGCGAUUUACGGCACUGCUCAGCUCAGUUAAAAAUCCUAAUGCGUGUUUCAAAUCCGAGUCUUUUCCGUUAAAACAUAUAUUCUAAUCACAAGCAAAAAAGGAAAAGGGGCACACGCAUUUGGCCGACACCAGCCCCAACAAAGCCGUUAUAAUAGGAUGUUGAUCCAAUGAGGAUACCUGCAAAUUUUAUUUGAAAGAGGGAGGACUUCUUUUUUUAUUGAGAAAAAAUUAAUAGAAUCCCAUAAGAAUCGUUCUGAAAUUCACAUAAUCUCGUUUUAUACCGAGUUCGGGUGAGUUAGAGUUCGUUCAGAAUUUUCGACUGCGGAUUUGCUUGUUUGGGUCUCUGAAUUUAUUCGUUCCUUUUCCGUGAUCGAUGAUAUUUUGAGGAGUUCUUUUCUUUGGAAACCUUUUCCUUUAAGCAAAUUGGAUUGAUGCACAAUGCAGAGGUCACGUAAAGCUCUUCUACAAAAGAGAGCAAUUUGGGGGAGGAACCGGCUGUAUAAGGUCUCUGUUUCCGUUGUUGUAGUCCUAUGGGGCCUUGUCUUUCUGUUAAAUACAUGGAUCGGCCAUGGAGAUGUUCAGAAGGACAAACAAGAAGACUAUUCUGUCAAUGCAACAAGAUGGGGUGAAGAUGAAGUAACAUUUGAUUGUGGAGCCAAUUGCGCAUUAUCUGUGGAUGGGCACCUAUCUGAAGGAAUUUUCUCUGAAGAUUAUUCUGCCCAGACAUCCUUACCUUAUGAUGGAACGAAUCUUAGCACAAGCGAAUCAGAUACUCGUCUGAUGAAAGUUACUGCAGAACCCGCUACUGAGGAAGCUUCCAUUAAGAAAAGUUUGCUGGCUAAUACGGUAAAGGAGAAUCCCAAAAUCGACAGGUUGUCCCGUGGAGUGCCACCUGGACUAGACGAGUUCAAGAAUAAUGCAAUUAAUUCCAGAAGCAAAUAUCUAACGGGACGGGCUGGAGGCAUUAUACACAGAGUCGAGCCCGGAGGGGCGGAAUACAAUUAUGCAUCUGCUUCUAAAGGAGCAAAGGUCUUAUCCUACAAUAAGGAAGCAAAGGGUGCUUCUAAUAUCUUGUACAGUGAUAAAGACAAGUACCUUCGAAACCCUUGCUCGACCGAAGAGAAAUUUGUGGUGAUAGAGCUUUCUGAGGAAACCCUGGUGGACACCAUUGAAAUUGCAAAUUUCGAGCACCAUUCGUCUAAUUUGAAAGAUUUAGAGUUAUUAGGAAGCCCUGUUUAUCCUACUGACUCAUGGUUCAAACUCGGGAAUUUCACUGCUGCUAACGUAAAGCAAGCUCAGAGGUUUGUUCUUCCGGAGCCGAAAUGGGUGAGGUAUCUCAAACUGAACCUGCUUAGUCAUCAUGGCUCGGAGUUUUAUUGCACGCUGAGUGUUUUAGAAGUGUAUGGUGUUGAUGCGGUUGAGAAAAUGCUCGAGGACAUGGUUUUAGAUGGGAAAAGGCCAAAUAUAAGCCCAUCCACGAAAACUGAAGGGUAUGAAGUUGUUGUGGAUGAACCUGAUUUGACAAUUGAGUCGCCGGACUUGAAACGUGGAAGGAUGGAAAUUGAGGUGCCUGACCCGGUUGAGGAAAUUCGUCUUCAACAUGUUAAUAGGAUGCCUGGGGAUAGUGUACUUAAGAUUCUGAUGAAAAAGGUGAGGUCUUUGGAUUUGAAUUUAGCAGUGCUCGAGCGAUACUUGGGGGAAUUGAAUACCCGAUAUGGUGACAUUUUCAAAGAAUUUGAUAAAGAUGUUGGGGAUAAUUAUGUGGUUCUGGAGAGGACUGUGUCAGAUGUUAAGGAACUUUCUGAUAGCAAAGAGGACAUGAGCAAGGAGAUCGACGAUCUUGUCUCUUGGAAAUUUCUUGUUUCUACUCAGCUGAACAGUAUGCACAAAGAGAACUCCCUACUCAGAUCGGAGGUUGAAAGGAUUCAGAGGAAUCAAUUACAUCUGGAGAACAAAGGAAUAUUUAUUUUGAUCGUAUGUGUAGCUUUCGGAUUCUUAGCUAUUAUAAGGUCAUUCGCAGAAAUGGCAGCAAAUAUUGUAAAUAGAUCCCAAAAUCCCAGGAAAUUUUGUUCGCUGAGAUCAUCCUGGCUUUACCUUCUACUUAGCUGUAGCAUUAUUAUAGUUACCCUCUCCUUAUGAUCAAUAAAUCUUGUAUCAAUUCUUUAUGCACAUUGCAUGGAAAUAGAUGUUGGGUUCACUUGUACCGUACGGGUUAUUUGCAGCGGAAAAAAUUGUUUCGAAAAUAAAU